AUGGCACCGUACGAGGCACUAUAUGGCAGAAAAUGCAAGUCACCUAUAGGCUGGUUCGAUAUGGGUGAAACUAAGUUGAUUGGCCCAAAUCUGAUUCAGCAGGCAGUUGAUAAGAAUGUCCAUAAAGUAGGCAAGGUUUCCUAUGUGUUGGGAUUACCAGCUGAUUUAGAAGCAGUACAUCCAGUAUUCCAUGUGUCUAUGCUUCGUAAAUUUAUUGGCGACCCUUCCAAAGUAUUUCCCGUGCAGGACAUUCAGGUGACUGAAGAAUUGUCCUACGAAGAACAGCCGAUGGCUAUCUUAGAUCGUCAAGUAAGGAGAUUAUGCACCAGAGAUGUGCCCUCUGUUAAAGUAUUGUGGCGCAACAAUCACCAAGAAGAAAUGACUUGGGAGGUUGAGGAAGAAAUGAAGAAGAAGUAUCGUUAG